UCCACUAGUACGUCACCGCAGUAGUGCCAACAUGGCGUUCACACUGUACGCACUGAUACAAACAGUGAUAUUAUUCACCAAUGCCAUCGCUGUUCUCCACGAAGAGAGGUUUCUUAGUAAAAUUGGUUGGGGAGCAGAGCAAGGUAUUGGAGGGUUUGGAGAUGAACCUGGGAUUAAAGCACAACUUCUUAACCUUAUCCGUUCUGUUAGGACUGUCAUGAGAGUGCCUUUGAUUGCAGUAAAUUCAGUGUGUAUGGUCUUACUAUUGUUGUUUGGAUGAAGAUGGAUUGAACUGCAAUGGAACAAGAUCUAACGUGGAAUGCUAUGCACAUGGUCAAUAGAAAACUGGACUGUUUUUUGUUAACUGGUUAUGUUUGAUGCUCUCAAUUUCUGUAAGGUCCCUGGAUUUUUUAAAAAAAAUUAAAAGUACCUCUUAUUUGCAUGUCGUAACAUGAAUUGCUGUUAUAAACGAUGUCAUAAAAGCACCUGUGUUUUUCAGAAUGCGGUAAUUUUGUCUAGCAUUCAUGUAUUUCAUGUACUAAGCAACAUUCAUAUCAGUCAAAUUACAUCUGUUCUGAUCUGGUUUUGGCAUUUAAAAAUGUAAAGAUUUUCCAACAUUCUGUGUGAAAAACAUCUUAAAACGUCAAAGUUCAAGUUAAAGUAUAACAAGCUCAAAUAUAACUAGAAGUAAACUAGAUCAACUUGACCAACACUGCUCUUUUAGCAUAGACAAAAAAGAUCUUAAAUUGUGUCUAAAAAACGUUUACGUAUGUUUGACCAAAGCAGCAAAACCUUGUGAGCCAGUCAACACAUUUAACAUUAAUUUUUUUUCUGAUUUUAAUAAAGUCAAUGUGUUUUUCCAAUAAUGUCUUCAACUUUUCUU